UCCUUCCUCCCUGUCUCCCAGUCUCUCAGUCUCUCAGCGUCUCAGUCCAGCACCUCGCUCGCUCUUUCACCUUCCUCCGCGCUUUCCUCCCUUCCAUAGUCGCGUCUAGUCCACCUCCCCUCCCCUCACCUCACCUGCGAGGCAGUGUCGAGUGAGCGAUUGAUCUCGAACAAGCAAACGUGUUGUAGAUGCUUCGAGCUGAUCUAGCCCAGGAUUACGACUCUGUCCAUAUCGGCGUCUGCGUAGUUGCUCAGUCUGUCGAAGCGGAGAAGACCUCUGCGGUAUUGGACGUGUGUUGACCGUGACAUUUGUGUGUCUUCCGGUGUACAUAACUUGCGCAGGACGGUUGUCAUCGUCGUGUGAUUUCUCGUUCGUUCUGUUGUUACCAAUUGCAUAUAUUUGAGGACAGCCUUCGUACGCAUGCAUUCAUUUGUGUGCUUGAGUUUUCCGAAGUUUCUGUACAAAGUGGCGAACCCCUAGUACAAGUGUUCGUUUCGUGUUCAGACAUCCGAUUGUGUACAUUCUACAUCUGCAUCGUCCCGAGUUGAGAGGUAUUGGGAUCAGCGGUUUCGUUAUCGUCGGCGUCUAGCGAAUUGUAACUCAUUAUGGCGGCAGUGUAUUGGCUGGUCGGUCCGAGCACUUUUCUGGGAUCGAGCAGAAGUGUCGUGGCUCCGGAGUCUUCAGCGGUAGAAAUUCCUUCCAGCAGCAACGUUGUCGAUGGACCAGUGCGAGUUAGAUGUGUUAUUCAGGGUUCGAGUUUGGGUUCAGGGCCCGGGCAAAGCACGCAAAGAUCAUCAAAGGACUUCGACACGUGCCUCACGGCCUCUUCCUUCCCCAGCACCUCUCUCUCUACUUCGCCGCCCAGCUCUUCACCGUCCGCCGACGAGUGGUGGAGGUCUCAGGGUUCCCGUGGCAGCCAUCCCGACGCACUCGACAUGCGCAUGUUUGGAAUAGCCACGGAAGGACAGAGUAAGGUUGCUGAUUGGGAAUUAGGUUCAACUCCUUGGUUGGAACAUCACUUGGAAGAGACCUCAACUAGCAGAGGAACGUCCGGUGGAGUCCCCGUUUUCGUGAUGUUGCCCUUGGACAGUGUGAACAUGAACAACACUGUUAACAGGAAGCGAGCCAUGAACGCUGGUCUCCUUGCGCUGAAGAGCGCUGGCGUGGAAGGAAUUAUGAUGGACGUGUGGUGGGGAAUAGUGGAGAAGGAUGGCCCAAUGAAGUACAAUUGGUCUGGUUACAUAGAGUUGAUUAAUAUGGCCAGGAAGCAUGGCUUGAAGGUGCAGUGCGUAAUGUCGUUUCACCAAUGUGGUGGAAAUGUCGGGGACAGCUGCAAUAUUCCGCUUCCUCCAUGGGUCGUUGAGGAAAUCAAGAGCAACAACGACCUAGUGUACACCGACAAGUAUGGAAACCGGAAUUACGAGUAUCUCUCGUUGGGAUGUGAUAGUCUUCCUGUCCUGAAAGGAAGGACUCCAGUACAAGUUUACAGCGAUUUCAUGAGGAGCUUCCGAGAUACUUUCAAGGACUUGCUCGGAGAUACCGUUAUUGAAAUCCAAGUGGGAAUGGGACCGGCAGGAGAACUUCGUUACCCCGGAUAUCCUGAGCAAAACGGUCGAUGGAGGUUUCCCGGUAUCGGGGAGUUUCAGUGCUACGACAAGUAUAUGAUUGCCAGCUUGAAGAGCGCAGCAGAGGCGAUUGGAAAGCCUGCAUGGGGUCAUGGUGGACCAAGUGAUGCUGGUGAUUACAACAGAUGGCCGGAUGAAACGGCCUUCUUUUCACGCGAUGGAGGCUGGAAAAGUGCCUACGGCGAGUUUUUCCUGGAUUGGUAUUCGAAAAUGCUGAUCAAUCACGGAGAGAAAAUUCUGUCAGCGGCAGCUGGGAUUUUCCGAGGUACUGGUGCAGUUCUUUCCGGCAAAGUUGCUGGUAUCCACUGGCAUUAUGGAACUAGAUCGCACGCCGCCGAACUUACUGCAGGGUACUACAACACUCGUUAUCGCGACGGAUAUGCGCCGAUUGCACGUAUGUUUGGCCGGCAUGGAGUGACAUUAAACUUCACGUGCAUCGAGAUGAAGGAUGAAGAGCAGCCUCCUCAAGCAGCUUGCAGCCCUGAAAGUCUGUUGAGGCAGGUGACAGUGGCGUCUCGGACAGCCGGCGUCCGUCUGGCGGGAGAGAAUGCUCUGCCACGCUUCGAUCAAACCGCUUACAACCAAGUUGUGAAGAAAUCUCGCUUGCAAUUCAACCUGCAUGGCGACUCUCAGGAAGAGCAGGAGCCAAUGUGUGCUUUCACCUAUCUGCGCAUGUCUGAGAGUCUGUUCCAAGCAGACAACUGGAGACUGUUCGUUCCAUUUGUCAGACAUAUGCAGGAAGGAAGAACCUUCCAGCCUUGGGAGCAAGGUCAUCAAGAUUCUGAGUCUCAUGUCCACGCUACGAGACCUCUGGUUCAGGAAGCAGCACAGGCCCUUAUGUACCAUUAGAUUGAGUAGAGGAACAGGAAUGUGGCAUCGAUAGCCACUGACAAGUGCGAUAAAUAGUUUUGUGUAUGUUCCUGCCUGCAUCAAUGAUUGAGAUGUUGGUAAUGUCCCCUCUGCUGUAGUUUCCACCCAUUUACAUGUUACUAGUACAUAAUAGAUCAAUGUUAGAUAUGAGAACAUUGUAUAGAGAAAUUAGCCGAAAUGGCAAUCACAAGGGGAAGUUACAAAAGCAAACAUCGCUUGGGUGGGCGAUGUCUUACUGUAGAUUAAUUUUGAUGAGCACAUUUGUCCUACGUAUGUACAGGUACUUGUAGAAUUAACUCAUUUCGUGAAGAUGACGUUAUUCAUCAUAUAUCUUAGCAACAAUUCAGUCUAUUGAAUUGAAAUAUACCCAUU